AUGGACAUAACCGUCAACGUUCCCCCUGAUUCAACUAACGGUAAACUUGAGAAUGUGACUUCUAAAACCUUUGACAAAGCGUGCUCUGACUCUCACCACAACAAUAACUCUCUUCCGACGUCAUCCACUGCUUGCAAAACACAUUUAUGUCAAGGAGUUUAUCUACCUGAUGACGAUGGAUCUAUUCUCACUCCUGAACAUGCCUUUGUACAGUAUCAAACCCGGUCUGAAGACCAAGCCUGCCAGAUUUGUGGUCAGCCAGCUGUCGGAUUCCACCAUCGCGCAUACGUUUGCGAGGCCUGCAAGAAAUUUUUCAUGCGACAUACAGCUGCCAGAUUACGAAAUUCUGAAAUUGGAUCUACAGUUUCUGAAUCAAUAUGUCCAAUGGGUGGUAGAUGUCGUGUUGAAGGUCCCGGUCGUGGUAAAUGCCCACAUUGUCGUUAUCGAAAAUGUUUAGAGUUGGGAAUGACUUUAACACCUCCCGGUGGUGAAGCUGGCUGUGAUAUUUCCCAAAUACCGUGUCGUGUAUGCAGUGGUCCAUCUUCCGGUUUUCAUUUUGGUGCAUUAACAUGUGAAGGCUGCAAGGGUUUCUUUCGACGAACUGUCUUAUCCAAUGUUCGUUUAGAAUGUCUUGGCAAUAAUGAUUGUCCAAUUACACCAGCUAAUCGAAAUAUGUGUAAAAGUUGUCGAUUUCAACGUUGUCUAGCAGUUGGCAUGUCUAAAACUGGAAGUCGUAUUGGUCGACAACCUAAUGCAAUUAAAUAUUAUUGUGCUCGAGAAAUUUCCCAAUUAACUAAUUCUAAUGAUUGUGAAGCAACCACAACUAUGAAUCCAUCUUCAAGUUCAUCAAAUAAACAUGAAUCUAACCGACGUAAUUCAGUUAGUCAUAGUAGUACUAGUAGUGGUACUACAAAUCUAAGUUGUAACAUCAGCAAUAAUGGUAAUAAAAAUAAUAAUAUUACUGCUAAUCAUGAUGAUAAUAAUCAUAGCAACAGUAAGAAUAAUAAUCUUAAUGAACAUGAUUUAUUGUCAAUUGCUGAAGAACAUUGUAGAUCAGUAUUAGGUCAAUCAAAUUAUCCAUCAUCUAGUUGGCCUUCAUUUAAACGUAUGAUGUCUAAUCUUGAUCAUUUGGAUUCAAUUAAUAACACUACUAUCGCCAAUACGACCACCGUCUCCAUAACAACAACGACAACAACAACAAUAAUAUCAACAACUGGAGUAUCUUUAGUUCCAUCAAGUAUUCCUUUAACAUCAACAUCUACAGUAAAUCAUUUCAUUGAACACAGUAAUCAUAAUUAUAACGAGUUACAAAAUAGUGGUGAUUCGUUGAAAAAUGGAUCUUUAUUAUCUUUAUCACCGUCUUCAUCUACAUCACCAUCGUCAGGGAUUAAAAGUCAUAUAAAGUAUAAGACAGAUACACGUCCACAAUAUCUUAAUUCUCAGUCACGUCCUUUUCAUCAUUAUCCUCCGCCACCGCCGCCUCAUCAUCCUGCACAAUCAUCCAUUUCUCAGAACAAUUGUUUUAAUAACAAUAAUAUUGGUAUGACUGGUAGCAAUAAUAAUAUUGCUAAUGGUGUCGUCCUUCUCUCUGGUCGUGCGGAUUCAAUUUUACCUUCUUCUACUUCCAAUGGUGCUAGUUAUGGUAGUGAUUAUCUUUUAAUUGAUCCUUCAAGAAAUAUUACUAAACGACGUAAAACAAUACCGUCUGAAAUAGAUGCUAACUUAGACAUCUCUGAUAAUAGUAUUACAUCUUCAAAAUUAACACCCAUUAAUUCAGUACACAUACAUGAUGAUGAUGAUGACGUUGAUGAUGAAGGCUGCGAUCAUGAUGAUAUUGAUGAUGUUAAUGACAAUGUUGACGACGUUGAAAAUGGCAAUUCUACUAGUGGUUCUAAUGGUAAUGAACGUUUAAAUCAACGUUACGGUCAUAGACAUCAACAACAAUAUCAUCAUCCUGUACACCAAGCUGUACAUCAUCGUCACCAACAACAAAACCGUCGUAACACGAACUUGACAAUUUUGAAUGAAGAGAAUAUCCAUAAUGUUAUCGGUUCUGUUAAUAAUGAUUUGGAUAUCAGUAAUAGUUGUAGAAGUAAUAAUAAUAAUAAUAAUAAUGGUAGUGUAAUUAAUAGUAGAUAUGAGAAACUUGUAGAUAGUGGGAAAAUUCAUAACAUAUCAGUGGAUAAUUUCUCAUUUAUUAAUCAAUCAAGGCAUUUAUCGAAUCAAAUUAACUUGCCAAAUGAUAAUGAACAUAAUAUAAACAUUAAUAAUAAUGAGAAUUGUUCCACUGUACUUGAACAAUUACAAUUUAGAAAUUAUCCAUUAAUGGAUAGAUCAUCAGUUAUUGUUGAAACUCAGUCAAAAGAUUCUCAUGCGGUAACUACUCAUUUAAAUCAAUCCUAUUUACGACCUACACAAUUAAAUUUAACAACUGGAAGACAUUUACCUGAUGAAUCCUAUUCAUUGUCUUAUCUUUCAUCUUCAUUAUCAUCAUCACCAACAUUAUCAUCGACAUUAACUACUACAUCAUGUCCACGUUCAUCUGUGAUAUCAGACUAUUCUGACUUCAAUAAUCAAUUAUCUGCUGAUGUUAGUGAUAAUAAUAACAAUAACAAUGAUAAUAAUCAAGUAUGGUUACCAAAACAACGAUAUAUUAAAUCUAGUCGGAGUUUACCAAAUGAACAAACUAAUAAUCAACUAAUAAGUUCGAAUAAUAAUAAUAAUCAGAAUGCCAAUAAUUGUUUAGAUUCAAAUUCAUUAGGAUUUCUCAAUGGUGGACGUAAUGUUGUUGAUAUAACUGGAUUAACUGAGACUGAACCAACAUCAACAACUACUACACCGUGGUUUGCAGCAGCAGCGGCAGCUGUAGCUGUUGUUAUGGCUGCAUCUCAAUCAUCAUCAUCAUCAACUAAUUCCGCUUUAUUAGAUCCAUAUACAGUAUCAUCAAAUUUAAAUGAAUGUUUUGGAAUCAAUGAUCGUAAUAAUAAUAAUAAUAAUUCAGGUAUAAAUCAAGUAAAUAAUCGACGUGUUCCAGUGAAUACAACUAAUUUUUCAAAGCAACGUUUCAAAUUAGGUCUACAUGAAACUGUUUUAGAUCAUCAACAGUCUGGUAGAUCAUUUUUGUCAAAUUCUUAUAAUAUUAAUCCAUAUGAUACUAAUACUAAUACUACUAGUGGUCAUAUGAAUGAAAAUAUAUUGAAAAUUGGUAAAUAUGAAUCAAAUGAUACAUUACGUUCCUUACAUCCAUCAUUAUCAUCAUCAUCAACAUCAUCAGUAGCAUCAUCAUUAUCUGAUGUUACACAUCCGUCGACAAUAGCUGCUAUGCAAGCAGCGGCUGUUGCAGCAGCAGCAGCUGCUACCGCUGCUGGUCUAGUUCUAUCCAAUAGUCGUGUACGUGGAUUAUCUGAUGAGAUUUAUCCAAAUUUAAAUCGUGUCAGCAUUUCUAAUUCAUUGCCUGAAUUACCAAAUAAUUGUUAUACAUCAACUACACCAUCAUCAUUAUCCUCAUCAUCAUCAUCACCACCAAUAAUGGGUAAUUUUGGUAGAAUUAUUGAAAAUCUUUCAAUGUAUUCAACAUCAUUAGAUCGUAAUGCUCAACCGAUUAAUAAUCUGGAUUAUCCAUCAUCAUCAACAUUAUCCUCAUCAUCAUCAUUAUUAUUGUCAUCAACAGUGAAUAAUUUCCCUGUUAAUCAUUCCAUUGUAAAUACUACAUUACCAUCGAUUACUGUACCAGUUAUAACUAAUAAAGAAAUUAGUCCACGUUUAAAGAAUGGUAUUAGACCGACUUCUAUAACAGUACAACAAUUUGCUGAACGCAUUCAUGUUGCUGCCAAAUAUAUGAUGACUGAAAGAAAGAACAUUCGAAGUAAUUUACCCCAACCAUGUAGAUUAAUUCAGGCAUCCGAUUGUGUUGAAGAUAUUUGGGGUCAAAUGAUGAAACACUUUGAAACACAUUCACGUUUUAUUGUACAGUUUGUUAAAUACAUUCCAGGGUUUUGUUACUUAAAAAUUAGUGAUCAACGUCAACUUGUUCGAAGUGCUAUGUAUCCGAUUAUGUUAUUGGAACUUAGCCGAGAUUAUGUGAAUGAAGAUCGAACACGAUAUAAUUAUUUCGAUUUUACUCCUGAAGAACAUGCAAUUAUACUUAGUCAUUUCCCAACAUUUCAUAAAAUAUCUGGUCAUUUAAUACGUUCAGGUGAAUUUCUUACUCGAUUAAAUUUAGAUAAUAUUGAAUUAACACUUAUGUGUGCUCAGGAAGUAUUUAAAGAUCGUCAAGGUUUAGAUGAUCCUGUGACACCAGCAUAUUUAUUUAAUUUAGUUGGACAAGCUCUUACUGAACAUAUUAUUUCUGUUGGCUAUUCAUUAGAAGAACGUUGUGCUGCAUUAUCACUUAUUUCCCCAAUGUUAGAAGAAUUAAAUAUUGAACAUCAUGAAGUAAUUGCUCAAUUACGUCAAGAUAGACCAGAUUUAGAAUUUCCACAAUUAUAUCUUGAAAUGUUUCAAUUAACUGAAGAAGAACAACGUGAUCUUAAAUCUACUAAUUAUGAUCCAUCUGAUGAUAAUCGAUAAUUGUGAACAGGCAGAUUUUAAAUAUAAUACUUAUAAUCUCAUGAAAGAGGCAUUUAUAUCUGAAUGAAUUGUGGAAUAAAAAGGAAACAUUAAUCCUACAGUUUACUUAUUUCAUAAUACUAUGAUACUUCAUAUUCACCUACUAAACUACAGCAUGAUUACAGAAUAUUUCUAUUGUAUUACUAUUAUUAUUAUUAUUAUCAUCAUCAUCAUGAUCAUGAUCAUCAUCAUCAUUGUCUUUGGAUCAUGUUGUCUAUUUGCACACAUUGAAUUGAUUUUAGUUUGCUUCUUAUCAUUUCUUAUGAUCACUGUUGUAGAAAAGCGCCUGAAUUCCAUAUGGAAAAUGUUAUGAAAUGAGUGACUGCACAACUUUGUUGUAUGUCUAUAUGUGUAUUUUCUGUUAAACAAAAAACUAAUAACUUUUAUUUAAUAUCCAUCUAUGUAUUCGAUAAUUAAUUGUAUUCUAUAGAUAUGAAAAGCAUUUCUUUUCUUCACUUUACUAUUAUUAUUAUUAUUAUUAUUAUUAUUAUUAUUAUUAUUAUUAUUAUUAUUAUAAUGUAUUUAUUAUUGUCACAUUAAUUUCACAUUGGGAACUUCAUCUUUUUAAAGGGUGUACAUGAUUUACAGUUUAUUUUGACCUAUUAUUCACUUGAUCCUAUGUAUGUACACAUUGUUUAUUACGGGUAAAUGAAAAUAUGAUCUUAGUUAGAAAUAGUAAUAAUAAUAGUAGUGG